AUGUCACAAAACAAACUGGAGGUGUACUCCGAACUGCAUGCUAACACACAAACAGCUAGGAAGCAUUUUGACCCAGGAGACGAGUUAAAGAAAUUAAGGAAUAUCAAGACAUAUAACAAAACCCACAAGAUGGCUUUGUUAGUACCGUUCAGAAACUGUACUAAUGAAUUAAAGGAGUUUGCACCCCACAUGAUGAAGUUCCUCAACAACCAAAGAAUCCCCCACACUAUCUAUGUGAUCAACCAAGUAGAUGACCUCAGAUUCAACCGAGCUACACUGGUAAACAUAGGGUUUAUUGAAAGUCAUCCGGACUGUGAUUACAUAGCGAUACACGAUGUUGAUCUACUGCCACUUAAUCCAAAGCUGAACUACAGCUUCCCGUCUGAAGGACCGUUCCACGUAUCUUCCCCUGACCUCCAUCCCUUAUAUCACUACUCGGAAUUUACUGGAGGAAUACUGUUAAUGACACGAAAACAUUAUGAGAAGGUAAACGGUAUGUCCAAUAAGUUUUGGGGAUGGGGCAGCGAAGAUGACGAGCUGGCUUUAAGGAUCUUGCAUUUUGGAUUUAAGAUUAGACGUCCACUUGGUCUAAAGACAGGUGUUUGGAAUACUUUCCGCCACAUUCAUGAAACUGUUAGGAGGCCCAGAGAUAAGAUCAGAUUCUUCCAUCAAAAUAAGGCUCUCCCAUUGAACAUUGAUGGUGUCGUCAUGUUUGUUUAA